AUGUCGAACUCGUUGCAGCCCACCGACCCCAACAGCAGCCUCGCAUUACGCCAGACCAACGUAUCCAAUCCAAGCAUCAUUCACAGCAGACCCUCGCAACAGUCCAUCACUGCAUCAGAAGACUACUACUCCCUCUCCGGAUCCAACUCAUCAACCCACAGCGGUGCCUCAGCCAGAGCCAAUGCCAACCGAGCAUCUCAAUCCCAGCUCACGAUAACCCGAUACCAAACCCCACCGUCUCGCUACCGGACGCCGCAGCAGUCGAGAGACGUGCUGCCUCUGCCACAACAGCAUGAGGUUGACGAGCAGAUGGGGGAAGAACCGUUUCGCCAGACGCCCAUGAGAGGCCACGGCAAGAGAAGACAGAGUGUGGAGGAAGGAUCAAGUCAAGCUGCGGUCGAGCAACCUUUGCUUGCAGGAUCUCAACAACAACAGGGACAAUUGAGGGAAGGUGGCAUUCGAAGGAAACCGGUCCCCAGCACAGUAAUGGAGAGCGGCUCAUCCAAUCGCAACAGCCGCAUCUCGCCAACCAUUGCUCAGAGCUCGGUCGCGAGGGAUAUCAACCGCGAGCGGGACGCUCCAACACCACACGUCGACGACACUCCAUACAUCCACUUCGCACUCGAUCAACUCACACGAGACGAAGAAGUACGAGGCAGCAGGCAGUAUGGCAUCGCCCCUGGAAUCGACGGCAACUACCCAUACCAAGUCCCGGCCAACGUUCAAUGGCCAACCCAACCACAAGGCGCCCGAUACGAACAACUACCACAGGAGGAGAAGGACAUUUCCGAGCAGUCACCCUACAUGGACAAUCCCCCGCCCAGAAAUCCAGAUCGACUGAGUCAAUCUGGACGACCAGAAGCGCAACGACAAGGCCCAAACGUCUUCAUCCCCGUACCUCAAGAAGAGUCGAGACAAGCUCCCCUGAACUUCGUGCCUGGGAUUCUCCGACCUCUCCAGUUGGGUCUGUUCAUCUUCGUGGUGCUGGCAUAUCUCAUCUGCCUAAUCGUUGCUGCCGCGUGGAGUAGAGCCAACACUGGAUUGUGGAGAUAUCUGUCUUUUGGAGAUGGGCGAUACUUCCUCUUCCAGUACUUCCCCACGAUGCUCGGCAUGAUCGUUCUGGUCUGGCUGUUCGAAGUUCAGAAGGCGAUUUACCGCAUGGCUCCAUUCAUCGCCAUGGGAUCGUCGAGUGUGCCAACAGCGAGGAUUGUUGCAGCUCGGUUGCCACUACAUCCACGGGGAUUUGUGCUGCCGUACUUUGGCCACUUCGGUGCGAAACUUCCAAUCAUCGGCACUUUCCUCUUCAUCGCCUGGCUGCAGUUGUUCACGAUCCCCCUGCUGGGAUCGAGCUUCAACGUCUACCAGAGUAAUGGCGUGUGGCGAUGGAUUGCAACGCAAGGCGUGAUUUGGACCGUCAUUGCGCUGUACAUCUUGCUCUUGUUGGCUUUGAUGAUCCUCCUCGUCUGGCUUAUGCGGACCACCACCGGACUGAAGUGGGACCCGCGAAGUCUGGCAGACAUGAUUGUUCUCCUAGAGCGCAGCAAUGCUCUCGACGGUCAAGGCGAAAGCGUGCCUCAGCUGGGCUACUUUCGCACGAGCCACAGGCCAAAUGAGGUUUUCCACGCAUAUGGCACUGCUGAUAAGCCGGCGCGAAGCUACGCCGUGGUGGAUGGACAGUAUCGUGAACAGCGAUACAGCAACCCAAAUUUCGAGGCCGACGCUGCGAACCCACCACGCCUGUCCAAGGAGCCGAUGCUACCUCGCCAAGGUACACACGGAGACGAAGAGGCUCUCGAGAACCACCACAGCUCUGCGCUCCCAUGGUUCCUCAAGCCAUCCCUCGCCCUUCUCUGGCCGAUCAUCGCCAUCGUCUUGCUCCUGGCAUUCCUCAUCGUGUCCUACCUCCCCUCGACAACGAGCACCAAAGGCUUCCGCCCCAUGCUCCCCAGCGCGGUCAACAACAUGGGCUUCAGCAGCGGCAACUUCCUCUACUCCUUCAUCCCAACCUUCCUAGCAACCCUCUGCUUUGUCUUCUGGAUGGAAAUCGACUACGCCUACCGCAAACUCGCGCCACUCUCCGCCCUCGCCUCACACACCCGGGGAGACGACCGACCCGGCGACAUCCCCGAACGCACCCUCCUCCUCAGCUACGCCGCGGACCUCCCCAUCCUGACGACCCUCUCCGCCCUCUUCAACGCCGACUACCGCCUCGCCUUCCUCACCACCAUAACCCUCCUCAGCACCACCCUCCCCAUCCUGGCCUCCGGCAUCUUCUGGUCCCAAUUCUACAUCCCCCAACAACGCGUCCUCAUCUCCGCCCACAUGCCCGGCUACUACGCCCUGACCGUCUUCCUCACCCUCCACGCCCUCGCCUACCUCGCCAUCUUCCCGCCCGCCACCCUCCGCCACACGACCACCCCCAACCUCGACACCUUCGACAACACCAUCUCCCUGUUCCGCCAAUCCCGUCUGCUGGACGACCUCGCCUUCCGCAACCCCGUCUCCAAAACCGACCUCGUCACCCGCCUCCUCUCCGCCCGUCCGGGCUCCGCCCUCGUCAUCCCCAACGCCGCGGCGGCCGCGAGCAAAAUCUCCCUUGCGGACAGCAUUCGCGGAUUCGGACGGGCGAGGGCAGCAGCCGCUGGAGAUGAGGAGAAGGCGACAUCAGGCGCGAUGACGAAGUACGCGUUGGGAAGAUUCGUAGGCAGAGAUGGGAAGGAGUUCGUGGGGAUUGAUCGCGUGCGGAACUGA